AUGGUGGGUCGCAUGUCGGGUUCAGAGGUUAUAACGACCUCCGCAUCAGCCGCUUACCACACCGCACCAUUUGAUGCGGCGGGGACAGCCAUGAUGAGCUUCAAGCCCAUUAACGCUAUCCACCAGCACCUUUGUGCGUUUCAUGUCUACGCACAUGAUCGAACUCGUCAUGUUGAAGCACAUCAUUACUGCAAACACCUGACCCCUGAAUUCCAUCAAUGCAUCAUAUACGACUCGGAUGAUCCAAAUGCGAAACUUAUUGGGAUCGAGUAUAUCGUGUCUGAAAAGAUUUUUGAAUCGCUCCCCCAAGAAGAAAAGAAGUAUUGGCAUUCACACAAGUACGAAAUUGAAAGCGGCUUGCUACAAUUACAGGCUAAAGACCUCGUACCUGGCACUAUCGUGGACCUUGCGGAACAGCCUGCAAUGCUAGAGCUUCACAAAACUUACGGAAAGACGAUUCACACGUGGGCAAUUGACAAACACCCGGACCUUCCGCUGGGUCCCCCAAAUUUAAUGAUGUCAUAUACCGAUGACGGUCAACUGGAUCCAUCCUUGGUGAAGGACAGAGACGAGCGGUGUGGAAUGUCAACAGAGGGGAAGAAACAAUUACGGAAGGAGUACCUCCCGCCAUAUGAGACAUCAAAGGACGCAGAUUCUUGGGAGACUACUGGAAAGAGUAUUGUGCUUGAGCCUAUCGAGCAAGAAGUCAAGCGCGCAUAGUCAAGCACGUAGACUGACUUUGUAGCGCUGUAGGUUUACAUUGUAUAGUAGUAAUUCUUUUCUCGUAUG